AUGGCUGACAUUGUUGAUCAGGCUGGCUCAGCCAUUGUUGAUCAGGUUGGCCAAAAACUCUACAUGAGCAAUGCUCGUUUUGUGUUCGAAUUGCUCCAGAAUGCGGAUGAUAACAAAUACACCAAGACCCAUGACAUGCCUUUCAUAUCUUUCCACAUCUAUCCCUGGAAGAUCGUGGUUGAAUGCAAUGAAGAUGGUUUCACACCCGAAAACCUCAAGGCCAUCUGCAGCGUGGGUAGAGCACUAAAACAGGUGCUCAAGGUUACGUUGGAGAGAAAGGGAUAG